AAACGCUCCCACCUGACAGCCCCCUCCUCAAAGACUGUCUAAUUACACAUGGCAGGUUCUAGAGACUCAAGGGGGAGAGCUGCUUUCAAGGCCACCAUGCGUCUGUGCUCCCGGCCCAACCUUAUUUGCCUUGUGUUCAUUUUGUUCUUUUGUGACUGCAAAGACCAAUAAAGUAACAUGUUUGAGGACAAAAGGCUUGGGGUGCCCACCCGUGUGGGGGUGCUGCAAGAAGCCUUUGCUAGGGUGUCUGUUGUGCUGUGUGGUUUGUUUUGUUUGCUCCUUUAUUAUUUUGUUUUGCUUGCCCAGUCUUCCCUUACCCUUGGACCCUUCUUACCCUUCAGGGCAAACCUUUGUUCCCAGUGUUCAGGCUCUGCUUUAAAGCAAGUCUCAGGCCGCCGGAGUUUCUGUUUAGGGCAUCAAAAAUUCCCGUAAGAUAUAAAGAGCAAAUGUUUUUACGUCUCUUUUAGGAUUAGAAGAAUUACAUAAAAUUUAAUAAACAUUUUCAAUAAUGGAAAAAUGUGUCUUGUAAUUCUUUGGCUCUUGCCUUGUUGAGUGCAUCAGAGAGGAAGACUCUCGGCCAUGUUUGCUCCCUAAUCGCUUGUCUUGUAUGGUGUCAUCUUUUCUAGCUGUUUUGAUAUUUGUUAGGUUUGCAGAUGAGUUUGGGGCCUCUGGCAACAUAGAGACUAAGGAACAGGGUGUGGUAUCAGUUCGCUUUGAAGAAGAUGAAGACAGGAACUUGUGUUUAAUAGCAUAUCCAUUAAAAGGGGACCACGGAAUUGUGGACAGUGUAGACAAUUCAGACUGUGAACCAAAAAGUAAGCUUCUGAGGUGGACAAACAAAAAACAUCACGUCCUAGAGACAGAAAAGAGCCCCAAGGACUGGGUGAGACAGCACCGGAAAGAGGAGAAGAUGAAAAGCCAUAAGUUAGAAGAAGAAUUUGAGUGGCUAAAGAAAUCUGAAGUCUUGUACUACAGCGUAGAGAAAAAGGGGAAUGUCAGUUCCCAGCUUAAACACUAUAACCCCUGGAGCAUGAAGUGUCACCAGCAACAGUUACAGAGAAUGAAGGAGAAUGCAAAACAUCGGAACCAAUACAAAUUCAUCUUACUGGAAAAUCUGACUUCCCGCUAUGAGGUGCCUUGUGUCCUGGACCUCAAGAUGGGUACCCGCCAGCAUGGUGAUGAUGCUUCAGAGGAGAAGGCAGCCAACCAGAUCCGCAAGUGCCAGCAGAGCACAUCUGCUGUCAUCGGUGUCCGUGUGUGUGGCAUGCAGGUGUACCAGGCAGGGAGUGGGCAGCUUAUGUUCAUGAACAAGUACCACGGACGAAAGCUGUCAGUGCAGGGCUUCAAGGAGGCACUUUUCCAAUUUUUCCACAAUGGUCGGUAUCUGCGCCGUGAACUCCUGGGCCCUGUGCUUAAGAAGCUGGCUGAGCUCAAAGCCAUUUUGGAGCGACAGGAGUCCUACCGCUUCUACUCAAGCUCCCUAUUGGUCAUCUAUGAUGGCAAAGAAUGGCCUGAGGUGGCCCUGGACUCAGAUGCUGAGGACUUGGAGGACCUGUCUGAGGAGUCAGCUGAUGAGUCUGCAGGUGCCUAUGCCUACAAGCCCAUCGGCACCAGCUCAGUGGACGUGCGCAUGAUCGACUUUGCACACACCACCUGCAGGCUGUAUGGCGAGGACAGCGUGGUACAUGAGGGCCAGGAUGCUGGCUAUAUCUUCGGGCUCCAGAGCCUCAUAGACAUUGUCACAGAGAUAAGCGAGGAAAGUGGGGAGUGAGUUUGCUGGCUGCACCAGCACCUGAGAGACUCUCUGUGUCCCAGGCACAGCUGUGCUGCGUCGGGGAGGAGGCCAGUAUGGCCAGGCGUUGGCCCCUGCAGCCUGGAGCUGAUGUGCAGAGGCCUCUGUGAGUCCCAGCCUGAGCCAGCCCCAAUCGCGUUCGGAGUCUUUUAUUUAUUUUAACUAUUUCUUCAACAUUCCACAUUUGAUGAUGCAGAUACCUCUUUCUUCCCUGAGUGUAAAUGUUCUAAUACAAAUCUUUUUGUUAAUUGUA